GUGGACCCUUUUGAAUUUUCUCUUCCGUAAUAACGUCGUUUCAUGUGUAUCCUAUGCCUUGCAUUAAUAAACCCUCAAUUUUCUUUCACCAUUUCCCCCCCUUGCAUCUCUGACUUUCCCUCCCUGAUCCUUUCUCUUUCAAGAAACCCCUCUCUCUCUCUCACUCUCUCUCUCUCUCUCUCUCUCUCACGUCGAAGAGAUCUCUCUCUUUCACGGCGGAGAACAAUGCCGAGUCAUAUGGACCGUCGGAUCUUCAUCGCCCUCGUCUUCGUUUUCAUCCUCCUCCUCCUCCUCUCAGCCGCCGCCGGAAAUCCGAGUUCAAGAAACUUCAAGAGUCUCCGGAGCCGCCACGUGGGUCAGAGGGUUCAUCCGUACUACGCUCCCCCACACCGUUCAUGCAACACGUUCUCCCGUCCGUAUGCUCGUUCUAUGUGCAUUGAGCUCCAACGUCUCCAACGCAGCCGCCACCCGCCCCUCUCUCCACCGCCGCCGCCGCCAGAGAUCGACCCGAGAUUCGGCGUCGAAAAGAGACUCGUCCCUUCCGGUCCAAACCCUCUUCAUAACUGAAGAAACCUACUCCAUUAUACAUAUAUAUACCUACAUAAACACCCAUAUAUAUAUUAUAUGCAUGCCGACGCUAUAUUCACAUGUCCGUAAUUAAAACCUCUGCUCUCGCAUUUCUUGCUUCGUGCGCGGGAGAUUAUGUGACUGCACGUUUCUUGGAGUGAUUGAUUUCGACUGUGGCUUUGAACCUUACCUUUUGAUCCACCGAGAGGGUUAGAGUUUCGUUGUCAACAAGAGGGUGUCAUUUUUUUUUUUCGGGUAGGGCUUUUUUUGGCGUUUCGCUUCUAGUUUGAGGAUAUUAAUGUACGUCGUACGUUAUGGGGAAUGCUAUUUGCUAUUUCCAUGCUUGUUUUUGUUCUAUUAUGAUUUGGAAGAGGCGGAAACAAGCCUGGAAAUGGUGAAUUUAAUAUUUGCAUGGAAAUAGAGGAUUGCUGGAAGAAAGUGAAUACUGUUGGGGAGAGAGAGAGAGAGAGAGAGAGAGAGAGAGAGGUGGAGGAUCAAGAGAAACACAUGAGUUCCAUAAAUUUGGGAACUGUAACUUAUUUUGUAAUAUGGGCUCUUGCUGUUGGUCGUUGUGGAAUCUGAUGGGCCAUUCAGUACUGUA